AUGUCGAAUCGCCCGUGGGAACAAAGGGACGAAACAGCUCGGAAGAGAUCAGCACGGAAGAUGGAAGUAUUCGCCGCCAUGGUUGAGAACAUGGAUCACAACAUCGGUCGGGUGUUAGACCAUCUCGAGGCUACAGGCCAGCGUGAAAACACCAUCAUAUUCUUUCUCUCGGAUAACGGGGCCGAGGGCACUCAGCUAGAGGCAGCCCCGGCAAACCGGAAUGUGAUACCUACGAUGAAGAAGUAUUUUGAUAAUUCUCUUGAGAACCUAGGUAUGCCGAAUUCGUAUUGUUGCCACCCCGGCUCCGAGUACCAAGGCAAAAAUGUCCAGGAAAUGCUGGGGAAGAGCUGGAAUAGCUAUAUGAUGGGUGAGUCCGAGUCCAUUCACGACGAAGACACCAUCACUGGUUGGGAGUUUCUCGGUCGUCAGGCCCUACGAAAGGGAACUUGGAAGAUUGUUCGUUUACCGAAACCGUGGGGCACAGGGGAAUGGGAGAUGUUCAACUUGGCCGAGGAUCUAGCGGAGGAUAUCAACUUGAGAGAUGCGUAUCCUGAGAGGUUUGUUGAGAUGCUUGGGCACUGGACAGAGUAUGCCAAGAAACAUGGGGUGGUCGAUAUCAAAACUGUCGAGACCGCCUACGCACUCCAGGAGGAAGAGUGGACAGAGAGCGACCUGGAAGACAUCUACUAG